AUGUUUGCCGACGAUACCCAAAUUGAAACGGCAGGUUAUGAUGUUAAUACAAUUGCUGAGGAACUUAAUCAAGAUCUAGAAAACGUUUCAGUUUGGUUGUCGGCAAAUAAACUAACAUUAAACAAAACGAAGACAGAAUACAUGAUAAUAGGUAGUAAUAGAAGAGUCAAUCAUAUUAACAUAACGCCUAAUAUAUUCAUAAAAGACAGUGAAAUUAAUAGAGUCAAAACGACCAAAUCACUCGGCUUAAUGAUUGACGAAACACUCUCAUGGAAUGCUCAAGUUGAUCAAAUUACAAAAAAGGUUAAUUCAGGUCUCAGUAUCCUUAAAAGAUUGAGAGACACUGAUCAAAAUUUAUUUAUCAAUAAUUCAACCACAUUUCGACUAUUGCUCACAGAUUUGGGGUUGUCUGGGUAAAGUACUAUCUGAUAAACUCCAGAAGCUUCAAAAUAGAGCAUUUCGAAUAAUAACUCGUGAAAACUAUGAUACACGUACAAUCGAUGUUUUGAACAAGGUCGGUUUUCCAAAUCUCGUGACUAGAAGAAAACAUCAUUUAGCCGUCCUAAUGUUCAAAGCCAAACAUAACAUGUUACCAAAUUGCUUAACGGAACUUUUCAUCACCUCAAAUGAAAUACAUAAUUACAAUACAAGACAGAGCGAAUUCAAUUUUGCAUUACCUAAACCUAAAACUAAUUUCAUGAAAAAGUCUUUCGCCUAUCGAGGAGCUGAGACUUGGAAAAAUCUGUCUGCUGCCAUAAAAGCUAAAACAAGUAUCUCUACAUUUAAAAAUAGUCUAACUGUAAGUGUGUAAUUUGUGUGUAAUUUAGUUAUUAUUAUUAGAUACUGUAGUAUAUGUGUAAUUAGUAUAGCUAUAUACGGCCUAUUGGAAGAUCACCCGUCUUAAUUUUUGUAAAUAUCUUGGUGAAAUAGUACCGUUUUUAAUAAAGUCAAUAAUAAAGUCAAUAAAGUCAAAGUCAAUGAAUUAAAACAAUGCGGGUUCCCCCAAGAAACUGAGGCAUGUCGGUCAUCGGGUCGAAAGUCCAAUCGGGCAGGUUUGUUCAAUAAAUGUUUUAGUGAUAUUAUUAAAUAUUGUGUUGGUUUUUUAAUUUCCGUGCAUUUCAUUAUGAUUCCAAAUACGUCUUUGCAAUUCAGGAAAAUUACUGGCUGACUAUGAGUGCUGCAUUUGUGGGAAGAAAAAAACAGCAACGAGUGGAAUUGGUUAUGAGCAUCUGCAAAGUUGCGAAACUGAGAACUGUGCGCGGAAUUUGGUAAAUGCUGUGAUAUCGCCAUCUGUUACACAGUCACAGAACACACGUUUGUAUGCUGAAGUUGCUGGAGCUGACUGGCAGACCAUACUUGCAAAAGAAUAUUUUUACCAUCGGACUUGUUAUCGCGAUUAAACCAGAAAAGCGUAUAUCAAACAGUGCGACAAGGAAGAUGAAAUUUUCCAACAGCUUUCGAAGUUCGUUACAGAAAAAUUGCUCACCGACUGUAAUGUGCUAUCCAUGUCUGAAUUGUUGCAGAAGUAUACGGAUAUACAAUCCCAGUGUCAAUCUGGAGAACAGACUACACCGCCGCUUAAGAUGCAGAGUUUAAAAGACAAACUUAAAAGAUCAUUCGGUUCAAAAGUUGGCUUUUGGCGCCCAAGUUGUAGAAGCGAUCUCGUUUACAAUAACACCAUUGAAAAAGGGCAACUGGUUGAAGUAGCAGUGAAGGCAAAACUAGCAAAUUAUAGGGAGAAAAACAUGGAGGAAAAAAACAAAGAAGUAGCUCAGGAGAUCCACAACGAGUUGACAGAAACUCCAGACACCUUCAGCAGGUUGGGUAUCUUUAUGUUUCUUCAAAAACACACAAACGGACAUCCAUUUUUGUGUGUCAUUGAUUUAAUGAUUAGAAUGUACUUAUAUUUACUUUAUAGGCAGUUAAUAUUCCAACUCGUUUUCAAAGAAACAGCCGUGAAUAACAAUAUUUUCCAUUUGUUUAUUGUAAGAGUCUUUGGUCAAAAGAUCGAAGGUUUUUUCUGUAUAUUCUACGUAGUUGCCUCGUUCCGUACUAGGUUUAAACUACACUUUGGUGAAAAUUGGGUGUGGGGGGGGGGGGGAGACAAGGUCAAUAUUAGCCCGGCAGAUACAAAAAUUAUUUUAUAAAAUAAUGCGGGCGGUGCUUGACGGCAAAAAAUGUUCUCUCUUACGAGUAGAUCCGACACGUUUCAAUUUGGAGAGACCAUGCCCCUUGCCCCCCCCCCCAUCCCCCUGACACGACGCCACUGGUAAACGAUUAGCUAUAGGUCUGACAUUUCUCCAAUGUAUUUUCCAUUCCUAUACCGUUAAUAAGAGAAGCGCCGAUGUAUUUGCUUGAUACUUACUUUUUCAAGCAUUUAUCCUACGUUUACGGGAAGAUUACUUCUAUUUAUAGUUGGCCGCCCUCAGAAGCAGAGGUUUUGGAAAAAACGACCAGCAUCAUAUCACACCUUUAACAAAAUGUUUACUGGAGAGUAUUAUUUCGGGAAAUCGAUAGCAACUGAGAAACAAAAACGACUGGUAUCGUCUAUUGGCCAAGACCUUAUCUACCAUGCGAACAAUGGAAGAAGGAAGAAACAUGUUACCUUUCCCUUUUCAGUUAAGAGAAAAACUGGUUCCAAGAUGGUGAUUAACUGGAUCAGCAAAUUUGGUCAUGGGAUAUCGUACGAUGAUGUCAUAAUCCUGGAGACACAUCUGGCAAGGGAACAUAGCAAAGAGCAACUACUCAGGACAUUUAUACCUGCCACUAUCCAACCAGGUCAUUUUGUGAAAUUUGUAUGGGACAACAACGAUAUAAACCCUGAAAGUUUGAGAGGCAUCCGUAUGCACUGUACAAAUGAAAUUAUCAUCCAGUCAUCCAAUGUUCCCAUGAGAGAAACAAAAACAUCCAGCACAGCAACAUCGACAGAUCAAUCGCAAGAUGACCCAAGUAAACCAAGAUCGAAGAAGUUCCCCCCAUUGCAUGUUAAAAUCCCGGCCUACAUCCAAAUCAAACGACAGAGCUCCGAGAGCCACAAGAAUAUUAGGCGUAACCUAUAUGAAGAAGAAGAGCGGUGUUCGCACAAAACGGAUAUGUACCUUGUGGGUAAUUGCAAAAUCCCAAGCAACCGCCGAUAAUGCCAAGCAGAAGAUCCCAAACUGGACAGGCUUUAAUUGCACGAUAACAUAUAGUGACAGCGACAGUCAUCAUAACAUUGAAUACCUUCCGGCCAUCAACCAAUCUCCAUCUUCUUACGACACAGCUCUGGAGUUGCCACUCAAUCCAAAAUUAAAGCAGAAAAGCUCGGUCUAGUCGAAACAGAUGUUGUCCUUGAUACGGCAAUUUACUCCAAAGCUGUGGACAUUUUCAUGAAUCCCAGUCACUUUGAUCUCAAAGAAUUUAUCGUCCUGCGUCUCGGAGCCUUUCACACAAUGUGCAUUUUUAUUGCAGUAAUUGGAAAACGUUUCGGCGAUGCUGGGCUUCGUGAUAUUGUCGUAGAAUCUAAUCUGCUCGGAGAAAGUGCUGUAGAUCAGAUGAUCAGAUGA